UCUUGUCACAGGCACGCUCUCUCGCGGGAUCUGUGGUAUCUGAGAAGAAAGAAGUCGAAGAUGCCAGACUUUUGUGCAGCCUACGGAUGCUCUAAUCGCCGUUGUCUCGACACGAGAACACGUGGGAUCACCUUUCACCUCUUUCCCAAAACCGGAGAGAGGAGGAGGAAGUGGGAACUUGCCCUAAGAAGGGAGGGUUUUGUUGCCUCUGAAAGGACGCUGCUCUGCAGUGAGCACUUCAGGAGUGAAGACUUUGACAGGACAGGGCAGACUGUCCGGCUUAAAGACGGUGUUGUGCCAACCAUUUUCAGUUUUCCAGCACAUCUUCGAAGGUCGGUAGCAAAAAUAAGCACAACCACUUCAGGAAGCACAGACAUCAACCUGCCACUGGACUUGUCUUGGAAAGCUCCUCAACCUGAUGUUGGAGCCACUGAAGAGAGGAGAAAGAGCUGCAAGCAACAGGCAACUGACCACUUGUAUGCAUUGCCUUCUUGCCCUAAGGCUAUAAAAGCCAAACUUGAAGAAGCCUCGGCGAGAGUGAGGAAACUGCAGCGGGAGAAGACUAAUGCCUUGAAGAGAGAAAGAAGGGCAAAGAAAAACAUGGCGGCUGGAUUACAACUCUAAUGCCAGCCAGUUCUAGUGCAUCUUCAGAAAGCUGGCGGCCCGGUGUGGGUUUAAACUUUGCAGAGGCUAUGUGAUGGCGCGGGAUGACAGUUCCUACUAGGGCUGCACGAUUCAGAAGAAAAAUGUGAUUUUUUUUUUUUUUUUUUUUUUUGCGCUUAGAAUUAAGAUCACGUUUCUCUGGCACGAUUUUUUUUUCACAAUGUUUUUUGCACUGAACUUUAACUAAACAAACAAAAAAGGACAUUUAAAUGGUCUUUCAGGAAGAGCAGGGGUGUCAAAGUUAAACACACAGCGGCCAAAAAGAAAAAACUGUAAGAAGUUGAGGUCCAAACUGGUUCACUUUUUAGUAAAAACCUUUUUAAAAUGACCUUAUUGCACACAUUGAACCUGGAACUAACAGAGCCUCGUAGUUCUUGCCUAUAAAACAUUAAUCAUUUAAAAAAAAAAAAAAAAAAAAGCCUAUUCAGAUCUGUUGCAAUUUAUUAUUAUGACUCUAUAUGAAUUUUUUCCAGAGUAAUUUCAACUGAAAACAUUUUCUACAGGCAAACAACAGCCAAAAAUGUCUUUGUUUCUUGCUUUGUACGACUUCAUCAUGCUGUACUUUGUGGUGAUGUUUAAUGUGAUUGUAGAGAUUUGUGACAUUGCCUUGCGGUGCUACAACCAGGGCAAAACCCACUUUACUAUGCAACUCGCACUGUUUGUCAUCAUCUGGCUUAAAUCCAAAAUACUUCCACACCGCUGCUGAAUGCGAACAUUUUUUGGGGGGGGACUCUCGCUGCUACCACUUGGGUUUUGGUCGCUAUGCAUUUAAACCUCCUUACCGCAGGCUUCACUCUCUCGCUAAGUGUUCUUUCCAAACACUGGCCUGCAGGCGGGCUUCCUCCACUAAACUACGUGUUGUAAUGCCGCUUUACCAUUGGUUGAGGGAGGCCACGGAAGUGCUGCGUUUGGGGGUGCUUGAAAAAAUCCGGGAGGAAAUUAGGAGCAUUUGUUUGUGAUGCAGCUCGUGAUAAAAAUGCUUUAGAAUCGCUGUGUGUAGAAAUAAGAUCACGUGUAUGUGUGAAUCAAGAGCGCGAUUUUUUUUUUAACUAUUUAUCGUGCAGCCCUAGUCCCCACCAGCUGCAAUCGACAUAUCUACAAACCUGUCCUCUGCAGCAGGAGUGGGAGAUCUUCCAUCCCCUAGUGCAUGACCACAGCUACCUUCCCACCCGCUUCGAUGGUCUUGUGGACAACGCUCUUGUGUACAUUUCAGGCUCUGAAGAAGCUGUCAUGUGAUGUCUUCUGUGCCAGACACUGCAUCUGCCAGCAAGGUCCAGAGCUACCAGUUGCUGACUCUGAAAAACAAUGGAGGUCUGGUGAUUCCAUCAGAAGGCACAGUAAGGAGCAGCAGAGCGGCUCAUUCGCCAGGCAUCAGCAAGUCUCAGACAAUCGCAGCCUAUGGAACUGCUGGAGGUCAUGCACGUUGUACGGAAGAGGAUCGGGCUGGAGGAUGUGUUUUUUGCUCAGGGAGCACAUCGCCUACAUUCAGUAUGGCAAAAACAUUCAUUACCAUAUGCUGCUGACAUUUGUUGUGUCUCUGUUUUUUAAGCUAAAGCUGCACCACAUUGCCAAAAUGACUAUACUUAGCAUACAGAGAAACAACAUGCACCAGAAGCUAAACAAAACAGUCCUUUUCAAAGGGUAUUAGCCAAGCUAUGUUUUUUUCUUUCUUUUGAAUUUUGUUUUGCAAGAGUUUGUACUUUGAUUUCUGAGGUAUAGUUUGUGUUGGUUUGAACACACUCUGCUAUACCCUGUGUAUUUGUAUAUCAGUGUAACUCGGAGGCCUUUUCAGUGUUAAAUUCAAUUCCACUUUUUCACUCACACGUCUCUGUUUUUAUCUGUCUUUAAUGUGUAAACUCCACAAUAGUCUAGUUCUCUGUACAGGGCGGGGAUUUCAACAAGCUGCAUUUCUUGAUGGAUAUUUGUAAAUCUCGUAUCUAUUUUGUAUUGCAAAUAAAUUUAACUUUUUUGUCAAAGAUGUUACAGACAUUGAAGAGAGUCAUGUAUUAUGAAUGUUUUGUGUUAUAAAUAUUACCAAUAUA